AUGAUUAACACGAUUCUUCUCGUUGCCGGCCUGGCUGUCCAAGCACUUUCAGCACCUUUGCCACAACGACUUCUGCCCAGAGCGGAAGUAAGGCCCAAGGUCAAAAGCACAAACUAUGCGGCCAAUGUAACAGAUCCCUCAUUAAGCCGCGACUCGUGCGGGUCAUCGCGAGUAGGCGGCCGAGCACUGUGGACUUGCAGAGACACCACUCUGUACGACGCUGGCAAGGACGAGUGCAGUUUGCCACUCGUCACCAACACUGCAAGCUGGACGAACAUGGACAUGACCAAAGGCGGGCCUCACUUUGAGACGGGAGCUGUCGGCGCUGGUUCGUCUGGAUCGAACAACAUCUUGAAGAUGUACGGGAACAACGCAUACAGCUUGAACACGUACUUCCAAGUGCUAGAAGAUGAAUGUCCUACGAAUGGCGUUUGCCCCGAUAGCAGCCGAUGGGCGAUAUGGCCGGACCAGCCGCCCGUCAUUACUGACUCUGCAAUGGACGGGGGCGCGACCGGCUAUACCUGGAUUGCCAAAUCCCACUUGCGGGAGUUGACCAGCCUGAACGCUGAGCCAGCCCAUACACUGUACAAAACAUCGUAUACUCCAGGCUUAGACCCCAACGCCCUGCCCACCGUCAGCGUCGUGGAUUCUCAAUUCUGGAAAGAAGGCGAGAUCGGUUUCGGUCAAUACGGCAGCGUCGUCCGCGACAAUACCCUCUACCUCUACGGACAAACGGACGCAAGCAAAGGCACUGUCCUGGCCAAAGUCCCGACCUCCUCUGUCGAAGACCGCUCUACCUACCAAUACCACGUCAACGGCGCCUGGACGUCCACCAUGCCAGGCAUCAACGACACCUCUGCCAUCAUCCCCAACGCCGGCGCCGGCGGCCAAGGCACUUUCUACUACUCCACCGCCUACCAAUCCUACAUCUGGAUUGGCCAACAAGCCAUCUCCGCCUCCGCCGACUUCUACAUGUCCACCGCUCCAGCACCCGAGGGGCCAUGGAUUGAGCCGUAUCUCAUCUUCCAGGGCAAGAAUGGGGAUGAUCCCAUCGGUGGAUACAGUCUGCAAGCACAUCCGGCGCUGUUGCCCAGCGGGGAUGCCAGUGAGAAAGGAAUUUACAUCAGUUGGACGCAGCAGUUUGAGAAAGAGAGCUAUGGAGCGGUUUAUAACACGCCGUUGGUUUGGGUGGAGUUUGAAUAG